AUGCCCGGGUUCCCCCGCCGCUCCGAGGGCCGGCGCCUGCAGCUGCCCUUGCUGUGCCUCCUCUUCCAGGGCGCCACCGCCGUCCUCUUUGCGGCCUUUGUCCGCUACAACCACGAAACCGACCCUGCCCUCUGGCACUGGGGCAACCACAGUAACGCGGCCAAUGAAUUUUACUUUCGCUACCCAAGCUUCCAGGAUGUGCACGUCAUGGUCUUCGUGGGCUUCGGCUUCCUCAUGGCCUUCUUGCAGCGCUACGGCUUCAGCAGCGUGGGCUUCACCUUCCUCCUGGCCGCCUUUGCCCUGCAGUGGUCCACGCUCAUCCAGGGCUUCCUUCACUCCUUUCAUGGCGGUUACAUCUAUGUUGGCGUGGAGAGCAUGAUCAAUGCUGACUUCUGCGCCGGAGCCGUGCUCAUCUCCUUCGGCGCCAUAUUGGGCAAGACCGGGCCCACCCAGCUGCUGCUCAUGGCCCUGCUGGAGGUGGUGCUGUUUGGCAUCAACGAGUUUGUGCUCCUCAGUCUCCUGGGGGUGAGGGAUGCAGGAGGCUCCAUGACUAUCCACACCUUUGGUGCCUACUUCGGGCUGGUCCUCUCACGGGUGCUCUACAGGCCCCAGCUGGAGAAGAACAAGCAUCGCCAGGGCUCUGUCUACUAUUCUGACCUCUUUGCCAUGAUUGGGACCAUCUUCCUGUGGCUCUUCUGGCCCAGUUUCAACUCUGCGCCCUCAGCACUGGGAGACGGGCAACAUCGGACAGCCCUCAACACCUACUACUCCUUGUCUGCAAGCACCCUCAGCACCUUUGCCCUGUCAGCCCUUGUCGGAGGAGAUGGGCGGCUGGACAUGGUCCACAUCCAGAAUGCAGCGCUGGCUGGAGGGGUCGUGGUGGGGACGUCAGGUGAAAUGAUGCUGACACCCUUCGGGGCUCUGGCAGCUGGCUUCCUGGCCGGGACUGUCUCCACACUGGGGUACAAGUUCUUCACGCCCAUCCUUGAGUCAAGAUUCAAAAUCCAAGACACGUGUGGCGUCCACAAUCUUCAUGGGAUGCCAGGGAUCCUGGGGGCUCUCCUGGGGGUCCUUGUAGCUGGCCUGGCCACCCACGAAGCUUACGGAGAUGGCCUGGAGAAUGUGUUCCCACUCAUUGCAGAGGGCCAGCGCAGCGCCACGUCUCAGGCUGUGCACCAGCUCUUUGGGCUGUUUGUCACACUGACGUUUGCCUCUGUGGGCGCGGGGCUUGGAGGACUCCUGCUGAAGCUGCCCUUCCUGGACUCCCCACCGGACUCCCAGUGCUUCGAGGACCAGAUUUACUGGGAGGUGCCAGGGGAGCUUGAGGAAGAAGCCCAGGGACCUCUGAGGACCAAGGAACCAGACACUCGGGCCUAA